AAAUGCUACUGGAUCUAACUACUUCUUUACAGGGUUUUUCUGCUAUGUCCCAUUGCCAUAUAUUUGUGAAUAUGAAUGUAAUUAUUUUUAUUCACAUUCUUCCAUAUAACCAUUAAUUAAUCUGACUAUUUUAAUGUUUAAAAUAGUAUUAUUUAUGAUUGCUAAAAGCUUAAUGAAUUCUGUUUUCCAAAACUAUAUCUUCCAGUACCUUCAUUACCAGAGAAUUUUGUAUUCUACGUGAAGGAUAUUGGAACGACCCAAGUUGUCCUUGGUUGGAAAAGUUUGAAAAAAUGGAUGAAAUUUGGAUAUAAGCUGGUCAUUAAAUAUUAUUUGGAAAAUUCUAAUGGACAGUAUUUUGAGACUUUGCCUCUAAAUUCAACUGAAAAAACAGUCAUGCAACUUUCUGCUGGACAACUUUAUAGAUUUUUACUCUUAGCAAAGAGCCCAAGGGAAGCCCAGAUUGUCUUAAGUCCAGUUCUGAUAGUUGAGACACGUCCAUUACAAGCAAAAAAUUUGAUAGUGACACGAGUAACACCAGUGGAGAUAUUUUUGCACUGGGAUCCACCUGAUGAUUUUUCAAGCACCUCUUUCCAUCAUUACUUUGUGACCAUUUUGGAUACUAAAGCCAAUAAGUCAGAAGCACUGUCAGUGGAAAAAGUCAACACAACAACAAUAAUAGGAAACCUCAAACCUUAUCACCAGUACCUGAUCUAUCUUUUCAGUGUUGCAGAAAAAGGAUCUUUAAGCUGCCUUGAGAAACCAAUAUUAACCAUAACAGGCAUCAGUCCACCACUCAAUGUUUCUGCCAAACCUGAUGAUGUGGGAGAGGACAGUAUAAUUCUUCAGUGGGAACCCCCACAUGAUAGCUGUGAAUUCUACAUUCAAGCAAAAUCUCUAUCAGAUGCAAGUGAAACCAUUAAGCAUUUAGUAAAUAACACUAACAAAUUCAAGAUUGAUCUAUUAACUCCUGGGAUGACCUAUGACAUAGGAGUGGCAACAGUGAAGAAUGGAAAUAAGAGUGAACUCAUAACUAUUCAAAAAACUCUAAAACCCAAACCAGUUCAGAUUAUUAUCCCCUAUGAAUUUCAUAGUACCUCCGUGAUUUUAUUUGUUCAAAUGCCUGAUAUUGGUGUGUUUGAUGGCAUACAUAUUGUAACGAAUAGAGGUCCCAAUAUAACACUGCCUUUAAAAAGCAACAACAAAAUUACUAUUGAAAAUCUGACCCCAGGCACAGAAUACAAUUUUCUGGUUUCUACCACCAGUGGAGACAGACUAAGUACUGUGUAUCAUGUACCUGCAGUGAAAACUUGUAAGUAAUUCAAGGUAGAGGGAGAAUUUUCAUUUCUGAUCUUGCAUUAUGGUAUUACAUAUUCUUUUUAAUACAACUGCCUAGCACUUCCUAAUGUAUAAUCCCUAUGAAUACAU